AUGUUGUAUAUAGACAAGAGAAAUGAGACAAGCACCACAAAAUUCCUAUUCUUAGGAUUAGGGAAUCCAGUUGAACUGCAGCCUUUUUUUUUCUUGCUCUUCUUGGUGAUUUAUCUUGUGACAUCAAUUGGAAACAUCAUCAUCAUCAUAUUAGUGGCAGCUAACCAACACCUUCAUAUCCCAAUGUACUUUUUCCUUGGGAAUUUGUCCUGUGUGGAGAUUUGCUAUUCUUCGACUAUCUUACCAAAAAUGUUAUCUGAUGUAUUCGGUGGAGACAGAACUAUUACUGUUAGAAACUGUCUAAUCCAAUAUUAUUUCUUUGGCUCUUGUGUAGGCGUAGAAACAUUUCUUCUUGCAGCAAUGUCUUAUGACCGUUAUUUGGCAAUAUGUAGACCUCUAUUCUAUACUUCUCUAAUGAAUAAGGAAGUUUGUUUACAGCUUAUAGCUGUAGCAUGGAUAAAUGGUUUUAUGGCUAAUAGCAUUAUUGUCUUUCUGAUAGCUCAGUUUUCAUUCUGUGGAUCUAAUGUGAUAGAUCAUUAUUUUUGUGACUUAAGUCCACUGAAAAAACUGUCUUGCAGUGAUCCUAGCUUAUUUGAACUCAUUGUUCUUCUCUUGUCUUUUAUUUUUACUGUUGCUCCAUUUUUCCUGACCUUCAGUUCUUAUAUUUGUAUCAUUUUCAGCAUCAUAAAAAUCCAAUCUAUUAUUGGAAGACAGAAAGCUUUUUCAACCUGCUCCUCUCAUCUUAUGGUGGUUUGUCUUUUUUACAGCACCUUAAUCAUUGUCUAUAUAUUGCCAGACACCCCAACUCUGAGGCAUCUCAAUAAAUUUUUCUCCAUUUUUUAUACAAUCCUGACUCCUCUGGCCAAUCCCCUCAUCUAUACUUUAAGAAAUAAAGAAGUUCACCAGGCUUUAAGAAGAACUGUUGAUAAGUUGAGAACCAUUUUUUGA